GGGGCGGGAGCCGAGCGGGGAGAAGGGAGCAGCGAGCUGGCGGCAGGCGCGGUCUGCGCGAGGAGCAGGCGAGCGGGAAGGCGAGACGCAGCCACCUUCCUCACCAGCCAGCCCACAGCGGUUUGUUCCCAUCCUCGGGAGUGCGCCAAUGCCCGGGCCGACCCAAACCCUGUCCCCAAAUGGCGAGAACAACAACGACAUCAUCCAGGAUAACGGGACCAUCAUUCCUUUCCGGAAGCACACAGUGCGCGGGGAGCGAUCCUACAGUUGGGGAAUGGCAGUCAAUGUGUAUUCUACCUCGAUAACCCAAGAGACCAUGAGCAGACAUGACAUCAUUGCCUGGGUUAAUGACAUAGUAUCUUUAAACUACACGAAAGUGGAACAGCUUUGUUCAGGAGCAGCCUACUGCCAGUUCAUGGACAUGCUCUUUCCAGGCUGCAUUAGUUUGAAGAAAGUAAAAUUUCAAGCGAAGUUGGAGCAUGAGUACAUUCACAAUUUUAAGCUUCUGCAAGCAUCAUUUAAGCGAAUGAAUGUUGAUAAGGUAAUUCCAGUGGAGAAGCUAGUGAAAGGGCGUUUCCAGGACAACCUGGAUUUUAUUCAGUGGUUUAAGAAGUUCUAUGAUGCUAACUACGAUGGGAAGGAGUAUGACCCCGUAGAAGCACGACAAGGGCAAGAUGCAAUUCCUCCUCCUGACCCCGGCGAACAGAUCUUCAACCUGCCCAAGAAGUCUCACCAUGCAAACUCCCCCACAGCAGGCGCGGCUAAAUCAAGUCCAGCAUCUAAACCAGGAUCCACACCUUCUCGUCCCUCAUCAGCCAAAAGGGCUUCGUCCAGCAGCUCAGCAUCCAAAUCUGAUAAAGAUUUAGAAACACAGGUCAUACAGCUUAAUGAACAGGUACAUUCAUUAAAACUUGCCCUUGAAGGCGUGGAAAAGGAAAGGGAUUUCUACUUCGGAAAGCUGAGAGAGAUUGAGCUCCUCUGCCAGGAACACGGGCAGGAAAACGAUGACCUCGUGCAGCGACUAAUGGAAGUCCUCUACGCUUCGGAAGAACACGAGGGCCACCCGGAGGAGCCGGAAGCAGAGGAACAAGUCCACGAACAGCAGCCCCAGCAGCAGGAAGAGUACUGAACCGUCUAGGCAGCUCUCCACACUUCCGUUUUGGUGGGAACUUUUCUUCUGGAGAAUUGGAACACGUGUGGCCUCAAGCUCAUCAGAAACCAGUUGUUCCCAGUCUGCUGUUACAUCAAUGCGCCGGCGCCCAUUGCCAGCCACAGCGCUCGGUUCCCAUUUCCUUUGCCAAGACACACUAGCAGCGGCCAUGGGCAGCCUCCCCGAGACAUCACGGGGUCACAUACCUUCAACUUCACCACUUGGCUGCUUGAGAUUGGUUCUGCUCUUUGCAUUUCUUUCCAGAACAACUCUCCCCACCCCACCCCACCCCACCCCCUUUAUAUCCUGGUGUGAAACAAUGGUAAUUUGAUAUAUGGUAUUUAUAUUGGCAUUUCUCAACCCAGUGUCACUAGAUGUCACACACAUUUGUGGUGCUUUGAUGUUUGCAAGUCUAACCUCUGAACAUAAAUUUGGUCAAAUAAUAAAUUGGAACAAAGGGAAAGAGAUACUUGA